GCGGGACCGUUAAAUUUGAAACUUGGCGGCCGGGCGUGAGGGCUUGAGGUGGCUGGUUCGCGAGAGAGUCAGGUGCGUGGUUUUUUCGGGAGCGCCCUCCGGUCGCUUCAGUACCUCGAAGGGUAGGUUGCAGAAGGAGGCCCAGGCGGUCUGCGGCCCUGAAGAAAGGCCCGUGGCAGGACGAGGCCCUGAGCCGGGAAUGCAGGAUGGCGGAGAUGCAGAAGGAAAGUGGUGCUCCGAGUGAAGUCAUGUCCUUGGAGGGAGAUGAAUGGGAGCUGAGUAAAGAAAACGUCCAACCUUUAAGGCAGGGGCGGAUCAUGUCCACACUUCAGGGAGCACUGGCACAGCAAGAAUCUGCCUGUAACACUACUCUUCAGCAACAGAAACGGGCAUUUGAAUCUGAAAUUCGAUUUUAUGCUGGAAAUGACCCUCUGGAUGUUUGGGAUAGGUAUAUUAACUGGACAGAGCAGAACUAUCCUCAGGGCGGGAAGGAGAGUAAUAUGUCAACAUUAUUAGAAAGAGCUGUAGAAGCACUACAAGGAGAAAAACGAUAUUAUAAUGAUCCUCGAUUUCUUAGUCUCUGGCUUAAGCUGGGGCAUUUAUGCAAUGAACCUUUGGAUAUGUACAGUUAUUUACAUAACCAAGGAAUUGGCAUUUCACUUGCUCAGUUCUAUAUCUCAUGGGCUGAAGAAUAUGAAGCUAGAGAAAACUUUAAGAAAGCAGAUAUGAUAUUUCAGGAAGGGAUUCAACAGAAGGCUGAACCACUGGAAAGACUGCAGUCCCAGCACCGACAAUUCCAAGCUCGAGUGUCUCGGCAAACUCUGUUGGCACUUGAGAAAGAAGAGGAGGAAGAAGUUUUUGGAUCUUCUGUACCACAACGAAGCACAUUGGCUGAACUAAAAAGCAAAGGGAAAAAGACAGCAAGAGCUCCAAUCAGCCGUGUAGGAGGUGCUCUCAAGGCUCCAAGGCAGAACAGAGGACUCCAAAAUCCAGUUCCUCAACAGAUGCAAAGUAAUUCUAGAAUUACUGUUUUUGAUGAAAAUGCUGAUGAACCUUCUAGAGCGGAGUCAUCUAGGCCUACAGGGCAGCCAUGGAUAGCACCUCCUGUGUCCAGGGCCAAAGAGAAUGAGCUGCAAGCUGGCCCAUGGAACUCAGGCAGGCCUUUGGAAUACAGGCCUCGUGGCAAUACAGCUUCUAUGACAGCUGUACCCUCUAUGCUUCCCAGUUUUACUCCAUAUGUGGAAGAGACUGCACAACAGCCAGUUAUGACACCAUGUAAAAUUGAACCCAGUAUAAACCACAUUCUAAGCACAAGAAAGCCUGGAAAGGAAGAAGGAGAUCUCCUGCAAAGAGUUCAAAGUCUUCAGCAAGAGUCUGAGGAGAAGAAAGAGAAAAUGAUGUAUUGUAAGGAGAAGAUUUAUGCAGGAGUGGGGGAGUUCUCCUUUGAAGAGAUCCGGGCUGAGGUUUUCCGCAAGAAAUUAAAAGAGCAAAGAGAAGCUGAGCUACUGACCAGUGCAGAGAAGAGAGCAGAAAUGCAGAAGCAGAUUGAAGAGAUGGAGAAGAAGCUAAAAGAAAUCCAAACUACUCAGCAAGAAAGAGCAAGUGAUCAGCAAGAAGAGAAGAUGUCUACAAAGGAGACAGCUGAACUGCGAAUCGUUUCAGAGUCUCAGGAAAUACCAGGAAUGGCUCUAUGCAAUUCUGUUUGCCUAGUAAACUCUUGUGCCAGGGAAACUUCACUUGCAGAAAACAUUUGGCAAGAACAGCCUCAUUCUAAAAGUUCCAGUGUAUCUUUCUCCAUAUUUGAUGAAUUUCUUCUUUCAGAAAAAAAGACUAUCAGUCCUUCUACAGAUCCCCCACGGGUUUUAGCCCAACGAAGACCCCUUGCAAUUCUCAAAACUUCAGAAAGUAUCACCUCAAAUGAGGAUGUAUCUCCAGAUGUUUGUGAUGAAUUUACAGGAAUUGAGCCCUUGAGUGAGGAUGCUAUUAUCACAGGUUUCAGGAAUGUAACUAUUUGUCCUAACCCAGAAGACACUUGUGACUUCGCUAGAGCAGCUCAUUUUGCAUCCACUCCUUUUCAUGAGAUAAUAUCCUUGAAGGAUCUCCCUUCUGAUCCUGAGAGACUGUUGCAGGAAGAGGACCUAGAUGUGAAGACUUCUGAGGACCAGCAAACUGCUUGUGGCACUAUCUACAAUCCAACUCUCAGCAUCAAGAAGCUGAGCCCAAUUAUUGAAGAUAGCCGUGAAGCCACACACUCCUCUGGGUUCUCUGGAUCUUCUGCCUCAGUUACAAGCACCUCCUCCAUCAAAUGUCUUCAAAUUCCUGAGAAACUGGAGCUCACUAGUGAGACUGCAGACAGCCCUACUCAGUCACCCUGGUGUUCACAGUAUCGCAGACAACUACUAAAAUCCCUACCAGAGCUGAGUACCUCUACAGAGUUUUUUGUAGAAGAUAGACCAAUGCCUAAUUUGGAAAUAGAGAAGGAAAUUGAAUUAGAUAAUGAGGAUUAUUGCAUUAAACAACAAUACCUGAUAUGUGAAGACUACAGAUUAUUCUGGGUGACGCCAAGAAACUCUGCAGAGUUAACCAUAAUAAAGGUAUCUUCUCAACCUGUCCCAUGGGAUUUUUAUAUCAACUUCAAGUUAAAGGAACGUUUAAAUGAGGAAUGUGAUAAUUUGUGUAUCUGUUAUCAGUAUCAAGAUGGCUAUAUCGUUUGGCACCAAUAUAUAAACUGCUUCACCCUUCAGGAUCUUCUUCAAUACAGUGAAUUUAUUACCCAUGAAAUGACAGUGUUGAUUAUUUAUAACCUCUUGACAAUGAUGGAGAAACUACACAAAGCAGAAAUAGUCCAUGGUGACUUGAGUCCAAGGAGUCUGAUUCUUAGAAACAGAAUCCACGAUCCCUAUGAUUGUAAUAAGAACAGUCAAGCUUUGAAGAUAGUGGACUUCUCCUACAGUGUUGACCUUAGGGCACAGCUAGAUGUUUUUAACCUCAGCGGCUUUCGGACUGUACAGAUCCUGGAAGGACAAAAGAUCCUGGCUAACUGUUCUUCUCCCUACCAGGUAGAUCUGUUUGGUAUAGCAGAUUUAGCACAUUUAUUAUUGUUCAAGGAACACCUGCAGGUCUUCUGGGAUGGGUCCCUCUGGAGACUUAGCCAAAAUAUUUCUGAGCUAAAAGGUGGUGAACUGUGGAAUAAAUUCUUUGUGCGGAUUCUGAAUGCCAGUGAUGAGUCCACAGUGUCUGUUCUGAGGGAACUUGCAGCAGAAAUGAAUGGGGUGUUUGACACCACAUUCCAAAGUCACCUGAACAAAGCUUUAUGGAAGGUAGGGAAAUUAAUCAGUCCUGGGGCUUUCCUCUUCCAGCAAGAUAGGCAGUCAAGUCUCUAGCACAUUCCUGCCUAAAACCAAUGGUGGUACCGUGGAACACUGGACCUGUAUAUGCUAUGAUUUAAUUUAGGUAUACUACUAACACUUUUCUGCUUUUUGGUAGAAGUAUAUUUCUAGGUAACUGGCUUUUUCUACUCAACAAGGUACCUCCUCUUGGCCUUGUCUAACUUUAACAAAGAACUGUUUUAUUCUAAAUGGAUUCCAUAUUAAUGGGCACCUUGUCAUUUAAUGCAUUUGUCUCAACUUUUCCUUGUGCUUUUCCUGUUUGUAAUUUGUGACCUGUACCCUUAUGAUCACUAUGUAUUUUGUAAAUAAUAAAAUAGUAUUUGUUAAAUAUGUGCGUCUAACAUCUCAUCUACUUUUUGCUAACUAAGGUAAUAAAUGGCCUGAUUUUGCAGACAAGAGCUACUUUACCAUGGAAAUGUAUAUAUUCUAGACUUGGAACUGUUAUGAUAGGAUCGUAACGAGACAGAAUAGCCAACCAUUCCUUUAGGUGUUCCUGACCUUCCACUAAAUGGUCUAGAUUGAAAAGCAGAUAAAAUGGAUUACACAAGGCCAAAUUUUCUUAAAUUUCAAGGGGCAAAAUUGUUUGUUUUCAUUAUAUUUUAAUGUUUUCAUUUUUUAUCCACCAAGCCCUUUGGUCUACAUAUAUAAUCUAGCAGUGCUGCUGCUACUCGGUCUCUUGAUUAGGGCUGUGCGAGUUAGAGAAGAAAAGGUUUUGAAUGGACUUUAGCAACCUUUCAGAAAUGGAAUAAUUACCAUUCUGUUACAUGCAAAAUGACUUGGUAGGGGCGCGGUUAAUGAAGGAAUAGAAGGAGAUUAUGUUGUUUGGAAGAUUUGAAAAGGCAGAAUUUUAGAAUAAAAAGAUGACUUUGAAGCAUGGAAUCAUUUGGGAGAGAAUAGGUCUAAAUGAAGUAUUAGACUGCUAAACAGAAGCAUGAAUUACACUAGGUCUUGGUUAUAGGGAAGGAAAUUGGUAGAAAAGGGCAAUGAAAAUUAACUAUUCCAUAUCUAAAUAUCAAAAUUAUCAAAUGUGCCUCUAUGCUGGUGCCUGAUUUUUUUUUUUCACUCUAGUUGUCACUGUUACUGCUCUAAGAUUGCUGGAAAGCAGAAGAUUCUAAGUAUAUCUCAGCUAAAAAUAUUUAAGCAUAUAUAGUUAAAGCACUGAAACAUGACUUGGCUCUGAAGGAUAAUCAACUUAGAAAUUUUUUGCUCUUAACCAAAAUAUGAUUUUUCAAACAUUUUCAUGUUUGCUUCUCAUACAACUAAGGAUAUGAAAUUAUAUAUCUGUAUCUUUUAUGUAAUCGAACCCAUCUACCCCUCUGCUCUCCUCUCCUCACUUCUCAAUCCACCUCUUUGACACAUAAAGUCAUUUGAGGCUGGAUGGUAAAUUUAGAUUCUUUCUCAACAUAGGCUUAGCUACCAUUUAGUGAAUUUUUCAGCAACCUUGACAGCAAGACUGACAAACUACUGCUCUAUGGAUAAAGCUUUGAUUCUGAAAGUCCACUCUGAGGAGAGGGAGGAAAAUCUGAGGAAGCUAAUUUAUUAGAGAACUUGCAACUAUUUUGCUACCUCUUCCUCCUUUCCCCAUCCCCUCCAAUCCUGACCUUUCUUUGUAGAAGGGAGAAAAUAAUACCUGACCAAUUAGGACCUAUGAUGUCUUUGUUUUCUCUUUGCCUGAGCAUUAAACCACAAAGCGGGCACAUUUCCAUUUUCCUUAUAUUUUAUGUUGUUUGUCUUGGGAGAAGGAAGCGGAAGCCUCUAUUUGUUGGCUGAAGCUUCAAAUGGUUCUUAUUUCUUGUCUCACUAAGGCAGAAAUAGCAUAUCGAUAGACCUGAGAAAAAGAACAUAGCUGAAAAGACAGGAUCUUCACUUUUGUUUGAAAAGAGACCAUGGAAUAUAUAGUGCCUCACCAUUCACAAAGUGUACAUCCACU